GCAAACAAAUAUGUCAGCUUCAAGAGUGUUAUAAGUUCCAACUCUCUUGGCCACUUAUUUUACUAGUCAAUACGUACGACUAAAGCCUACACUGUGCAUGAAUGGGAACUCAAGCUCCAACCGACGAAAAUUCUUCCAUUCCGAGCAAUAUGGAGGAGCAAUCAGAGAAGCAAUCACAGAUAGAUGAAAAGCUAGAGAGGCAGAAGCAAAUUGAUGCUUGGCUUCCAAUCACUUCCUCAAGGAAUGCAAACUGGUGGCACUCAGCUUUCCAUAACGUCAACUCCAUGGUUGGAGUUGGUGUCCUAAGUCUUCCUUAUGCCAUGUCGAAUCUAGGAUGGGGUCCUGGUGUAGUUGCUUUAGUACUAUCAUGGGUCAUCACUUUAUUCACAUUAUGGCAAAUGGUUGAGAUGCAUGAAAUGGUACCUGGAAAGCGAUUCGAUAGGUACCAUGAACUGGGUCAACAUGCCUUUGGUGAAAAGCUUGGUCUGUGGAUUGUGGUGCCUCAACAGCUGGUCUGCGAAGUUGGUGUGGACAUUGUGUAUAUGGUCGCAGGAGGAAAAACACUGCAGAAGGUGCAUAGCAUAGUUCGCAAAGGCCAGAACCCGAUUAAACUCACCUACUUCAUCAUGAUCUAUGCCUCGGCUCAGUUUGUACUCGCACAUCUCCCCAACUUUGGCUCCAUUGCCGGCGUGUCCUUGACUGCAGCAGUCAUGUGUUUAAGUUAUUCUACUAUUGCAUGGACAGCUUCCGUACAUAAGGGUGUUCAGGCAGAUGUAGAAUAUGGGUAUACAGCUCAUAACGCAUCGGGAACAGUUUUCAACUUCUUGACUGCCUUGGGAAACGUUGCGUUUGCCUAUGCCGGCCAUAAUGUGGUUUUGGAGAUCCAAGCAACAGUCCCUUCUUCACCUGGCAAGCCAUCCAAGAAGCCUAUGUGGAGAGGGGUGCUCAUUGCCUAUACAGUGGUCGCUUUGUGCUAUUUCCCGGUUGCCCUCGUCGGAUUUUAUACUUUCGGCAAUAAAGUCCAGGACAACAUCCUAAUCUCCUUGGAGAAACCUGCAUGGCUAGUCAUUACGGCCAACAUGUUUGUAGUUAUUCAUAUUAUUGGAGGUUAUCAGCUAUUUGCAAUGCCAGUAUUCGACAUGAUAGAAACAGUCCUGGUAAAGAAACUGCAUUUUAGGCCUACAAGAACUCUUCGCUUCAUUUCGAGGAAUGUAUACGUUGCCCUCACAAUGUUCGUGGGCAUUAGUUUUCCCUUCUUUGGUGGACUUCUGGGAUUCUUUGGAGGAUUUGCUUUUUCGCCAACAACAUACUUUCUCCCUUGCAUUAUCUGGCUAGCCAUAAGGAAACCACGGAAGUUUAGCUUAUCUUGGUUCAUUAACUGGAUUUGCAUUACACUAGGUGUCCUGCUCAUGAUCCUAUCACCUAUUGGAGGGUUAAGGCAUAUAAUACUUGAAGCCAAGGACUACCAUUUCUACAAUUAAAGAGGCUUAGUACAAGCACAGGUCGUCACCCUGAAAUCCAAUGCAAUGAUAGAGGCAACCAUGUGUAACUAAUACGAACAUAAAAGAGGCGCAAACAUGUCAGAGUUCUACUCAUUGUAUUGUCAAUUACCGUUGUAAUAAGAAAUAGAUCUGUGGACUAUCGGAGUAUUAGUCACAUGUCAGAUAAUGUUUUAUUUAUGAUGAACAGUGUUACAGUCA